GUCAUUGUGUGAAUAUGGCGUCCAGGCUGCUCGUCCGAACCGCGGUCCGUGCCGCUUGUGCACGUUCUGCUGUUCCCGUUCAGGCUAUGACCCGAGGAAUGUCAUCUGGAGGCAUUCCAACCGACGAAGAGCAAGCAACCGGUCUGGAAAAGAUUGUUAUGCGUGCUACAAAACAGGGCUCGGACCCGUACAGCAUGUUCAAGCCAAAGGAGUACGCUGGUUCCAAACAAGACCCUCACCUGGUGCCCUCUGUCACCAGCAAGAGGAUUGUUGGCUGUGUUUGUGAGGAGGACAACACCGCAAUCGUGUGGUUCUGGCUCCAUCAGGGCGAACCACAGCGCUGUCCAUCCUGUGGAGCCCAUUACAAACUGGUCCCUCACGAGCUGCCCCACUAACGACCCUUCCCCUCGCCGACAGCUCCCAACGCUUCCUCGAAAUAUAUACGCUGAUAUAAAACCACAAUCACCAUAGAUAUCUGGCUGAUGUAGAUCACCUACUCCCUUAACUGUGGCUGUUCUUUCAUGGAUGAGGACAUUUCGUAAGAAUUGCACUAUGCAGGGACUUCUUGUCCCUUAGCUCACUGCCCAGUGCAGGCAGACUGAGUUGACCCUAAGUAAAUUCGACCAUACAAUAGACAAUUGGCUCAUGUUAAAUAGCAAACCCCUUCACUAUUCCCUAUUCCGUAGAUUUGAAUGCACCUAGAAAUAUUGCACUAUAUAGGGAAUAACUUUCUACAUAUCUCUUUGCAGUUAGCGGCUCCCGUUGCAGAAAGCUUGAAUAGUCUCCCUUAAAGAUCCAGUGUAUGUAUUACAGAGUUACAUCUUAUGUUGUUGUUCUUUGUCGCCGAUGACAACCUGCAUUCCAUUCGGCACAAAAGUCUGUGAAAACACUCCGCUUUUGAAAUCCAAAGGAGAGACAACAGUUUACAUUCCAGAUGGUUUGGGACGCAUAACUUCAGUAAUUCCAUUCUUCUUCAAACAACUUGAAUGUGUUUGUUUGUUUGUUUGUUUGUUUAACAUCA